CUUCUCCUCCUCCUCCUCCUCCGGAACCGGGCGCAUGAUGGCGGCAGCCUCCGUAGCGGAGGUGAGCAGCGCCGGCAGCAGCGAUACCUCCAGCACGGGUGAGGAGGAGAGGAUGAGGCGCCUCUUCCAGACCUGCGACGGCGAUGGGGAUGGCUUCAUCAGCAGGAAUGACUUGCUGAUGGUGUGCCGCCAGCUUAAUAUGGAGGCGUCUGUUGCGGAGAUCAUGCACCAGCUGGGAGCAGACGAAAAUGGAAGAGUUUCUUUCCAGGAUUUUAGUCAAUGCCGCAUGGAACUGGUACGGGAAAUCAAGAAGGAGGAAGUGAAGCUUUCUGUGAAAUCAGAUGACUCUUGUAAAAUGAAGAAGUUAAGGGGUAGAAUAGCUUCCUGGCCAACUAGCAGCAAUAACAGUUUAGGUGCCUUAUCAGGAGCCAGAGAAAGCUGGGAAUAUGAUUCAGGAGCAAGAGACCUUCAGAGUCCGGACCUCCAUAGUCAUUUUACGCUACAAAAGGUGUUGGAGUAUGGUGGAAGCAAUAUGACUCAACAGGCUGCUCUGCAAAGACUUCUAGCUCAGGCCUCAACUUUUAGCAACUCUGUUGGAGGAAGCUACUUAGAACUUGCCAACACUGUAAGUGGCUGCAGAAGCUUUUCUUGUUUCUCUGUUCAGUGAAGACAGAUUGAAAUAUCUUGACUUGAGUGCCUACUACGCAAUUUCCCAAAACAGUG